AAGUCCGAAUCUAUGUCUCGGGUCGUAUUCGGGUCGACCCGGUCGGUGGCACCACCAUAUAUAUAUACAGAAUAAACAGCUGUUGUUUGAUUGAACUAGAUUAACCACUCACUCUUCUUUCUUCAUCUCCGAACUCUGAUCUCUCUCUCUCUCUCUCAAAAUCAACAAUGGCGAAAACGGCGUCGUUUCUUCUGGUUCCGCUUUUCUUCCUCUUAGCUACUGCUGAUACCCAAAUGAAAGUUACUGAUAACCCCGCGGACGAGUUAGUAGCAGUUAUCAACACUAACAGAACUGCAAACAAGUCUCCAUCCCUCUACAGCAACCAAGGUCUGGGCUGCAUUGCUCUCCAGUACAUAAAAGCCUAUCAAGGUGACUGUAAGGCAGUAGGAGGGCCAAACGCCAAGAAGCCGUUCGACACCAAAUUCGCCGAAACUUUUGCACCCAACUGUGGUGUUCAAGUCUCAACCCUUUCUCCAAUUACAGGUCGUUUACUUGGCUGCCAGUCUGCCUAUGUCGAACCUCCUAAAGCGUUCUCAGAAAUUCUUAUGGAAAACCAAAAGAGCUUAGACAUUCUCUAUAGUAAGAACCACACCGAAGUGGGUGCUGCCGUGGCUGGCUCUGAUGGAGGGGGUCCCUAUUUCUGGUGUGUUUUGUUUAGCAGUGGCAAAAAGAACAGUAGCUUUGCUUUGGAUGGGGGUGUUGCUAAGGUAACCAAACCCGGGUGCUUUAGUGGCGCCAACGACGCUUGCAGUGGCGCCAACGAUCGAGCUGGUAAUACUCAUUUGUUGACAUUUGUGGCUACAACUUUGGUGGCGGCGGCCUAUGCCUUUGGAUUGUGAUCAAUGUGUUGUAAGAAUUUAAACUGCUUUCCAUUAACUUGGGUGGCUUCUGUUUUUUGCUCUUGCUUUGAUUGUUUGUUGUUUCUCAUUGCAAUUGGAUGUAGAGAGCCAUUCAUUUUUUACUUUUCUUUCACGGUGUAAAAUUAUGAGACUUGGUUUCACUAA